UUCUAUUUAGCAGCAGAAAACAUUCCUCCCUGAAGCAGUGGAGCCCAGCCCCUUUUUUCCCCACACUGCCUUGGAGCAAAUAAUACGUUUUUUUUUUUUUUCUUUAGUAACUUUUUCUGAGCUUACAAAAAGAGGAGCGGUGGAGGCUGUGAGGGCAGAAGGUGUUUCUCCUCUCCCACCGACAGAUCAGAAAACACCCGGGAAUCCUCCAUUUGAUCCUCCUGCUGGUUUCAUUUUUUAGCCACUUGCUGAGAGGACGGAUAAAAAAAGAGAGUGGGGCUCUCAGAGAGAGGUCGGCCGUUUUUUUUUUUCCUUUUCUUCGCGACAGCCACAUUAACCUACCAUGUCCCUGAGAGGUGAAGUGUGUGUGGUGACCGGAGCCUGUGGAUUCCUGGGAAAGAGGCUGGUGAGGCUGCUGCUCGAGGAGGAGAAAACGGCCGAGAUACGACUGCUGGACAAAAACGUACGGCUGGAUGUGCUACAGAGCCUGGAGGACUGUAGAGGCGAGACGAAACUGUCCGCGUACGAGGGGGACAUCAGGGACGGCGUCUUCCUCAGAAAGGCCUGUCGAGGAGCGUCCACCGUCUUCCACAUCGCGUCCAUCAUCGAUGUGACCGACUCGGUGGAGUACAGCGAAAUGUUCGGGGUCAACGUCACAGGAACGCAGCUGCUCCUGGAGGCGUGCGUCCAGGAGAACGUGACCUCCUUCAUCUACACCAGCACGGUGGAGGUGAUGGGGCCCAACCCGCGGGGCGAUCCCAUCGUGGACGGCGGCGAGGACACGCCCUACGACAGCCGCCUCAAGUUCAACUACAGCAAGACCAAGAAGGAGGCCGAGGACAGGACCCUGCGGGCCCACGGCGAGCUUCUGCCGGACGGCUCCCGGCUGGCCACCUGCGCCCUGCGGCCCAUGUACAUCUACGGGGAGGGCUGCCGCUUCCUGCUGGGCCACAUGGCCGACGGGGUCCGGGCCGGGGGGGUCCUGUACCGCAUGUCGGCGAGGGGCGCCCUGGUCAACCCCGUCUACGUGGGCAACGUGGCGGCCGCCCACCUCCAGGCCGCCCGCAGCCUCCGGGACCCCCGCAGGAGGAGCUCCGUCGGGGGGAAGUUCUACUUCGUUUCGGACGACACGCCGCCCGUCAGCUACUCGGACUUUAACCACGUGGUGAUGCGGCCUCUGGGCUUCGGCAUCCCGGAGAAACCCCUGGUGCCUCUGCCCGUCUUCUACCUGUUCUGCCUCCUCAUGGAGGCGCUGUGCGCGGUGAUCCGGCCCUUUAUCCGCGUGGUGCCGCCCCUGAACCGGCAGCUGCUCACCAUGCUCAACACCACCUUCACCUUCUCCUACCAGAAGGCCAAGAAAGACCUGGGGUACGAGCCCAGACACGGCUGGGACGAGGCCCGCAAACGCACCACCGAGUGGCUCGCCUCGAAGCUGCCCGGGGAGAGGGAGCGGAUACUUUCUAAAUGAGAGCCGCCCGGAACCAGAAACAACUGCUUUUUGCGCGAUUGGGUUUUCGCGCAAUCGCGGAAAUGUGAAGGAGUCUUCUAGAAGCGUUCAUUUAAAGCUGCGUUUGAGGGAUUUUAAUAGAUGUCUUUGCUUAAUUAGCCUCCAACAGUCCCAGUUGGAGGGCAGUUUCCGCUGCUUUUGUUUUAUUUCUAAUUGUUGCCUCACAGAAAAACAGAAACUUUGAUAACACUGGUGUAAAAUCAGGGAGGUUGAACAUAAGUCCCAGUACGUGAGUAAGACAAGGUUAGGCCUGUGAAUAUCUUUAAAAACUACUGUGUUUACUGCU